AUGAAUCAUCAAAUACCUAAGCACACGCAUCAAAUAGUUCCUAAUCCAAAACCUUGGGGAUCAAUCAGAAGCAGCUUGCAUUCCCUCAUUGCAUUUCUUGUGGCAACUCUUCUCGUUGGCACUGUUUAUCUUACCCAAGAAUAUGCUGUACAAUUCUUAGAGGAUAGUACUAGUUCUACCGUAGUGGGAACUUCUGGAGAUAGCUGCAAUAUGUUUUCAGGGAAAUGGGUAUUUGAUAACCAGUCUUAUCCUCUAUACAAGGGAUUACAGUGUACUUAUAUGUCUGACCAAUUGGCUUGUGAGAAGUUUGGGAGAAAAGACUUGAGCUUCCAGAAUUGGAGAUGGCAACCCCAUCAAUGUGACCUCCCUAGGUUCAAUGCCACAGCGUUGCUUGAGAGGCUGAGGAACAAGAGGCUUGUGUAUGUUGGGGAUUCCUUGAAUCGAAAUCAAUGGGUUUCCAUGGUUUGCCUGAUCGAGUCAGCUGUUCCUGCAGAGCACAAGUCCAUGCACACCAAUGGCUCCUUGACCACCUUCAAAGCAACUGAAUACAAUGCCACAAUUGAGUUCUACUGGGCUCCAUUGCUAGUGGAAUCAAACUCAGAUCACCCAGUGAAUCACCGGAUACCGGAACGGAUUGUUAGGGUUCAGGCAAUUGAAAAUCAUGCCAGGCAUUGGAGUGAUGCAGACUUUCUUGUUUUCAAUUCUUAUCUUUGGUGGAGAAGGUCCAUGAUGAGUGUCUUGUGGGGAUCGUUUGAAAGCUCUAAUGGAAUUUACAAAGACGUUAAGAUGCCUAGAGUGUAUGAGAUGGCUCUAAAGACUUGGUCGGAUUGGUUGGAGGUCCAUGUUAAUCCAAACAAGACCAAAUUGUUCUUCGUAAGCAUGUCACCUACUCACCAAAGUGCUGAAGAAUGGGGUGAAACUAAUGGCGAGAAUUGCUAUGGAGAAACUGAGCAGAUUAAGGUGGAGGGCUACUGGGGAAAUAGUUCGGAUCUGAAAAUUAUGCGUGUAGUCGAGAAUGUACUUGGGGAGCUGAAAACAAGAGGUUUGGAUGUGCAAAUGCUCAAUAUCACACAACUCUCACAGUAUAGAAAAGAAGGUCAUCCAUCAAUUUAUAGGAAGCAGUGGGAUGUUCUAACAGAAGAGCAAUUAGCAAACCCUAGCAGUUUUGCAGAUUGUAUACAUUGGUGCCUCCCUGGAGUGCCAGACGUUUGGAAUGAGCUCCUCUAUGCUUACAUUUUCCAAUGA